UGGAAAAGUAGAAAGUUUGAAGGAACCGCAGACUGAACUCCAUCCUUCAACCACUUCAAUACCUAUCGCACCCACCUCUCUCUCUCACUCUCUCUCCAGAAUAGACUGAAUGGUCAUAGGCAAAUAAGUCAACGACGAGAUCAACCUUUGCAGCCGAACAAGUGUUCAAACGCAAUCGAGCUGUAGGUGGAAAGUUAAUGAGUGUACUACACACGUUGCUAUGUACUACUCUGUAGUACAUGCAAAGAUCUGCUCUUGGUACGGUUUCGUGCGUGUGUCUCUCUUCUAUGACUGGCUUUCAAUGGUACUAAAGGCAUCGAUAAAUACGGGAUUUUAUUCCUAAUGGACAUUGCGUAAACUUGCUCUGAGUUGAUUCCUCGGCUAAAUUUGUGAGACCCAUAUGGGAAUUUGUGGAGACUGGAGUUUUCAGUUUUCACGGUUUUCCUGUGGUACCUAUUAAUAUUCCUGUGCUUACAUUUGAGGACCCAAUUGGGUUUUGUGGCUGUUAAAUCUUUCUUUGAAAGUUUUCUGCGAGUCAACGAUCAGGUCCUUGAAUGAAGAAGGUGACAAAAACUCAUUUGGGUUUUUCUGUUCCGUGAAAAUUCCUUCCUAUAUAUUGAUGUAGAAUUCCAAGAAAGAAUCUUGAGACUUUAUAAGCUUGCCUUGUCAGAGUUCUGACUUUUUGUAUCUGAGCAAAGGAGAAAAGGAGGAAAAAAACUGAGUGGAAGAUUUUGAUCAUUCAAAUCAGCAACAUGCAAGAAGAAGAAUUGCAUGAGAUCGGGAAUUCUGAGAGAGGGGACAUCGAGCAGAUUCGAGAAGAGCCAGAGGACUUGAAGAGAGUGUCACCAUGGAAGAGACAGAUAACAAUUCGGGGACUUCUAGCUAGCUUAGUUAUCGGAAUCAUUUACAGUGUGAUAGUGAUGAAACUUAAUCUCACUACCGGGCUAGUCCCCAACCUCAAUGUCUCGGCUGCUCUCCUUGCCUUUGUUUUCAUCAGGACAUGGACUGCACUGCUCGAGAAAGCAGGAAUUGUAUCAAUUCCAUUCACUCGACAGGAGAAUACCAUAAUUCAGACUUGUGCAGUGGCAUGUUAUAGCAUUGCUGUUGGAGGUGGUUUUGGGUCUUAUCUGUUGGGUUUGAAUACAAAGACAUAUGAACAAGCAGGGGUUGAUACAGAGGGGAAUACUCCUGGGAGCACCAAGGAGCCUGGGAUUGGUUGGAUGACUGGUUUCCUUUUUGUAAGCAGCUUUGUUGGGCUGUUGGCAUUGGUUCCUAUCAGAAAGAUCAUGAUAAUUGACUACAAAUUAACUUAUCCAAGUGGAACUGCUACUGCGAUUCUCAUUAAUGGGUUCCAUACUCCAAAAGGAGAUGAGAUGGCGAAGAAGCAAGUUCAUGGGUUCACAAAGUUCUUUUCAUUUAGUUUUGUAUGGGCUUUCUUUCAAUGGUUCUAUUCUGGUGGAGAUCUAUGCGGAUUUGCUCAGUUUCCUACAUUUGGAUUGAAAGCUCGGAAAAACUCAUUUUACUUCGAUUUCAGUAUGACCUAUAUUGGAGCGGGAAUGAUAUGUUCCCAUCUCGUGAACUUGUCUUUACUUCUUGGUGCGGUGCUCUCUUGGGGAGUAAUGUGGCCAUUGAUAAGGGGGCUAAAAGGGGAUUGGUACCCUGAAACUUUAUCGGAAAGCAGUAUGAAGAGUCUUAAUGGUUACAAGGUUUUUAUUUCCAUUUCCCUGAUCCUGGGAGAUGGGCUUUACAAUUUUCUCAAGAUACUGUACUUCACUGCCACAAACAUCCAUGCAGAAGUGAACAAGAAGAAACUUAAACCAUCAUCUCCAGAUAACCAGAAUCAGCCUCUUGAUGAUCUGCGACGAAAUGAGGUAUUCAUAAGAGAGAGCAUUCCCAUAUGGGUGGCAUGUACAGGGUACAUACUCUUCUCCAUUGUAUCCAUCAUUGUGAUUCCACUCAUGUUCCCUGAGUUGAAGUGGUAUUACGUAGUCGUUGCCUAUGUUCUUGCACCCUCUCUUGGCUUCUGCAAUGCUUAUGGUGCGGGUUUAACUGACAUGAACAUGGCGUACAAUUAUGGCAAAGUGGCUCUUUUUGUGCUUGCUGCCUUGAGUGGAAAAAACAAUGGCGUGGUUGCAGGACUUGUUGGCUGUGGUUUGAUUAAAUCCAUAGUUUCCAUCUCUUCUGAUUUGAUGCACGAUUUCAAGACUGGUCAUCUCACUUUCACUUCCCCUCGAUCAAUGCUUGUAAGCCAGGCUAUUGGGACAGCAAUAGGCUGUGUGGUAGCUCCUCUCACUUUCUUUCUCUUUUACAAGGCUUUUGAUGUUGGGAACCCAAAUGGAGAAUACAAAGCUCCUUAUGCCAUCAUUUACCGGAACAUGGCAAUUCUAGGUGUUGAAGGCUUCUCAGCCCUACCCCAUCAUUGCUUGCAACUCUGCUAUGCGUUUUUUGCCUUUGCCAUAGCAGCCAACUUGCUGAGAGAUCUUAACCCCAAGGGUAUUGGGAAAUGGGUUCCUCUUCCAAUGGCUAUGGCUGUGCCUUUCCUUGUUGGUGCUUACUUUGCAAUUGAUAUGUGUAUGGGGAGUUUGAUUGUGUUCACAUGGCACAAGCUAAAUGGCAAGCAGGCCAGUUUGAUGGUUCCUGCAGUUGCUUCUGGUUUGAUAUGUGGAGAUGGAUUAUGGAUUCUCCCUUCAUCAAUCCUUGCUUUGGCCAAGGUACAUCCUCCCAUCUGCAUGAACUUCUUUCCAUCCAGGUAGAAUUUCUUUGAGACAAAGCAUAGGGAUGAUAUCCUGUUUCAAUUUAUGUAUAAUAAUGCAGCAUUUUGAAUAAGUGUACCUAAGCUGCUACAGCAUUAAAUGUAAAUGAUCUCAAGUGGCAGGGAAGCACUGGUCAUUGACAGUGUAAACGACCAAGUUGGAUUAAACUUGCUCAGUUACUCUGUCUGUAUUAAAUGAAUAAUUACCAACAGCUGCUAACAUCUGUAGUUAAUGCGAGGUGGAUUGAGAUUUCUGUUCA